AUGUCUACUGGUAUGGCAGAGCGAUUUCAACGAGCGAUGGUUAAAAAUACAAACAUGGAAAAUAUACCCACAAUUCAGAAUGCAAGCAUUGAAAAUAAAAGUUCCAUACAGGAUUUAUCGACAGAAGUUUCUGCUAGUGAUAAUAAACAAUCAGAGGCAUCGAACACUAUUAAAACUAACAACAAGUCCACGAGUUCAGCUGAGAAUCGCAAUGACUUAAGUGCUUUGAAUACAAUCUCUCCUUCUGAAUUCGUAUGCAGUUUAGAAACUGCAAAUACAGUAGUAGCUUCCAGCAAAGAAAAUGUCAACAAAGAAUUAGUAUCCAUUACCGAAACGGUCAACAAAGAAUUAGUAUCCAAUGAUGAUACAGCCGACGAGCUAAAAACAGGUGGAACAGGUGAAAAAAAUAUGCGUACAUCUGCAAACUACACCAAACAUAAUAUUGCAAAAUUAGACCAAAAUGAGACCAAAGAUGACUAUCAAACCAUCAAUUACGCCAUUUACAAUUUUAAUGAAAAUGAAGAUGAAAAUAGGCCAUUAUCUUUGAUAAUGCCGAAGGAUCUGAUGUCUUCCGUGUUAUCUAAGAAAUCUAAUUCAGAUACUUAUUCGAAUCAGCAUGCAUUAUGUAGUUUAUGGGACUUUGCAGGACAAAAGGAAUUCUAUGCUACACACCAGGCAUUUUUGACAAGUGGGGCAGUGUACCUGGUGGUCGCUGAUAUUGAUGACGAUAUUUCAAAACAAUACGUUACACAGCAUUUUGCAGAUUAUCGUGAGGUUGGAGGGUAUGUCGAUUUUUGGUUUGAUACUAUCCAUUGCCAUCGGACAGCUGAAAUACCAAAAAACAAACCAGUUAACUUUCACAUUGACCCUCCUAUUUUUAUUGUCUUUACUGGAAAGGAUAAAUAUGAAAAGGGAAAAUUGGAAGAAAGAAUGAAGGUCCUUCAAGCUCAACUAGGGGAGGUUUUGGGAAAUCAAAGCAAGUAUCAUCACUUGCGAGAUAUAUUUUGUGUGUCAAAUUUGAAAGAUUCCGACGAUCAAUUUGAAAAAUUACGGGAGAAAAUAUCAGAAGCCGCACAGCAGAUGCAAAAUUGGGGUGAAUUGAUGCCGUUGAAAUGGAUUCUUUUAGAGCAUUUGGUUGAAACGAAUAAGAAGGAGAAGGAUUUCGUGAUGUUGUCCGACAUAGUCAAGUUAGCUAAACAUCCCGAUAUAGGAAUGACAGAUAUUAAAGAAGCGAAAGUGUUUCUUCGUUUCCAGCAUAAGGUAGGAAACAUCAUAUUCUUUGAUGAUAUUCCGGAUUUCAUCAUUUUAAAUCCGCAGUGGUUAGUUGAUGCAUUUCGAUGUUUAGCGUCAGAUAGAAUUCUUCCUUCACUGCAGCACUGUGAUGAUUGGAAAACAUUUGAACAGAACGGUCAAAUAAGUACAUAUUUGAUAACGGAACUCUUCAAAUCAAAAGGUGGAAGUAGGUUUUUAAGUCAGAGAGACAAUUUGUUAAAAGUAAUGGAAAAAUUUGACAUAUUAGUAAAAAUUGGAGAAGCAUGCUACAUAAUGCCAAGUAUGAUGCCGUCUGUCCCGUUUGAUAUGGUGUGCGAAAAGAUUGGUGUGAAAGGACUAACAUGUAGGAGAACUUCCUGGCUUUGUCUGAAAUUUGCAUUUCUUCCACCUGCCUUUUUUAAUCAUUUUUACGUAUGGUUUAUCCGUAGGUACAAACCUAUGGAAGUCGGCAAUGAAACAAAGUCGAUGGCAUCCUUAUUUCGAGGAAUAGGUGUAUUUGACAUAAAUAAGUCAAAAUGUGAAAAGCUUUUGAUUACAAUGUCUACUGAUACAAUAGCUAUUCAACUAUUAUCGUUUUCAACUGAAGACAAAGACUUAAGAAACAUUUGUAGCAAUAUUCGAGCAGAUCUAAUUAAACAAACAGAAGUCAUUAAAGAUAGAUAUAAUUUGAAGAUAUCUUAUGCACUGCAUUUCAAAUGCAGCAAAGGCGAUUAUCAUAAAGAUACACUAUCCUUUGAAUACUUGAAAACUGUAUCGGAGUAUAGCUGUAAAGAGCAUCAAAUGGCACAUCGGUCUGAAGAAAUAUAUAUGGCUUGGAUGAUGAAUGGAUCUGCGGAAAAACAAACUCUUAUCGAUGAGGAUAAAACAAAUUCUAGACAGGAUGACCUGAUUCCAAGGAAGACCAUUGAUCGUAUAAAGAAAUUGAAAGACAAACUUAAAGAAGACACACAACGGUUUGUUCAGACAGAGAACAGGGAAUGGUUUGUACAGACAGAACACUUAAGAUAUUUUGGACAGACAAGUUUUGAAACACAGAGUUUGUGUGUGGUGGCAAUUGAUAUUGGAACAACUUAUUCAGGCUAUGCUUUUUCAAGUAAACAUAAAUCCGACUGUAUUUACACGUGCGAGUGGUAUCAUAAGGAGGUUCGUUCAAUGAAAACUCCGACGUCUGUUCUUCUCGACAAAGAUAAACAGUUUGUAGCUUUUGGACAUGAAGCCGAAGAUACAUAUUUAUGGUCAGUGGAGGCAGAUGACUCUGAUUCUGAUGACGAUGACGAUGACGAACACAGUGAUUCUAAAUAUGAGUAUCAUUACUUUGAUCGAUUUAAGAUGAUGCUGCAUCCACAGACGUUGAAUGUUAAUUCGACAAUUGAAGACCAAAAUGGUUUGCAAAUGAAGGCAAUAGAUAUUUUUUCCUCUGCAAUCAAAUAUUUGAAAUUCGAAGCAAUUAAACAUGUAAAGAGGAUUUACAAGUGGAUGGAAAUAAAAGACAUAAAGUACGUCCUGACUGUUCCAGUCAUGUGGAACGACCAAGAUAAACUAUUCAUCCAGAAAGCUGCAGAGCAGGCGGGUAUAUAUAGCAAAGAUUUGAUGAUAGCUUUGGAACCAGAGGCAGCUACCAUCUUUUGCAAUGCGCAAGCAAUAUUGGAAAAGAAUUCAAACAUUCCCGUUUUUGGCGGAUCAAAAAAAAACACUAAAUAUGUAGUGGUAGAUCUAGGAGGUGGCACUGCAGAUAUAACCGUACAUGAAAGCCAGUCUGAUGGUUCCCUGGACGAAGGUGUUCCACCUAGUGGGGGUUAUUGGGGCUGCACAUCUGUUGACAGAGCUUAUCUAGAAUUUUUAAACUCUAUAUUCACUAAAAAAGUCAUUGGUGAACUUCGUUCAACUACGCCUACAGAUUACAAAGAUCUAUUGCAUGAAUUUGAGGUGAAAAAAAGAACAAUUACUUCAGAAUACAGUACUGAUAUUGUUAUUACUCUACCUGUGGGUUUGUUAGAAAUAACACAGAAACAUUGCACUUCAGUGGCCGAUGCCAUUCAGAAGUCGAUUUAUAAGGAAUCUGUUUCAUGUAAGAUACAGAAACUUUAUGUAAAACCGGACAUUUUCCGAAUGCUUUUCCAGCCAUAUAUAGAUUUAAUAGUAAAACAUCUUGAUAAACUAUUUAAACAUCCAAAACUCUCAGACCUACAUCAUAUCCAAAUGGUAGGUGGAUUUUCUGAAUGUGAGCUAGUCCAAACGGCAAUAAAACAGAACUUCCCAAAAAUGAAUUUUUUUAUUCCUUUCGAAGCUAACCUGGCUGUCUUAAGAGGUGCUGUUUUAUUCGGACAUCAACCAAAGAUUAUAACAGCUCGAAUAUUAACAAAAACUUUCGGAAUACAAAGCUGGUCUGAGUGGGAUGCUGCAGUACACCUAGAAACCAAACGAGUACGAAUUGAUGGAAUUGAUAUUUGCAAAGAUGUCUUUUAUAAAUUUGCAGUCAAAGGAGACGAAGUAGAAGACGGACAUUCUUCUCGAAAAAUAUUUCAGGAAAUGAAAACAGACGAAACCACCCUAGAGUGUACAGUAUACAUUUCAGAUGACACGAAUCCCCGAUAUGUCACUGAUCCUAGUUGCAAAUGCCUUGGGAAUCUCGUCGUCCUAAUACCUCCCCUAAAAAAAGGAGAGACUCUUGAAAUUGAAAAAACAAUGAUAUUUGGUGGUAAUGAACUGAUAUUCAGAGCAAGAAACAUGAAAACGGGGGAGUUUAGUGAAAAACAUUUUGAACUACUUUAGUGAAUAAAACAAAUAGUACAGUUGUGAAAGGACAAGGUAUGAUAAGAGGCGUUUUUGGCCCACCUCCCAUAUAAGUUUAUAUAUACAUCAUUGAUAGCCUUUGGAUAGAAACUCUUAAAAACUAUGAUUUUUUUAUGUUCCGGUCAA